GGGAGGCCGCGGGAGGAGGCGCGAGGGCGGGCGGCCGGGCUGAGCCCCAGGCGCGUCAGGUGCGGGGGCCCGCGGUGGGGCCCCGAGCGUGUUCACAGAUGCCCGCGGGCUUGGGGCUCCUCUCCGCCGGCCUGUGGGGCAGGAGUGACCGUAGGGGGCGCGCAGAUUGGCAUUAUCUCCCGGGAAAAGUUACCGAUGCAGUCAUUAUUAGAAAAGGGCCUACUGUAGUAGACAAAUUUUCCCUUUUUAAAAGUGGAGUUUUAGGUCUUAAAAAGACGCCUUAAAAAUUAUCCUAACGCUGGCAUUUCAUGGUCCAGGGACACAGUGGAAUUGCGUGUACAGCACUAAGAGUAGAGCCUUGGUCUUCUGUUCCAAAUCCAGGGAUUUCCCUUAUCGCAAGAGAUAAUGCCGUUCAUGUUUCAGGGCUUACUUUUCCCCCUCUGUUGAAUUCAUAAAAAUGCUCGUAAUCUGUAUGUAUUUUAUUUUGUAGGAAGAAGAAAUUGACUAAACGAAUAGCAUGAAGUCAAAUAGAAUCCCACCUUUUAUUAUUUCAAGUCAAGGAAGUAAAAGUAAACCAUUGCUAUUUUCCCAGUGAUAUCCUGUGCUUUAUUGCUCCAAACGCCCAGUUUUUCUAAUACUCAUGUCAGAAGGGAAAUCGCCUGCAAGAAAAAGACCUCGUAGAAGUUUAUCAAUUAGCAAAAGUAAAAAAAAUGAAUCUAAUUCUAUUAUUUCGUUUUUUAACAAUGUACCACCUGCUAAACUUGCCUGCCCCAUUUGUAAUAAAAUGGUGCCAAGAUACGACUUAAACCGGCACCUUGAUGAAAUGUGUGCUAACAGUGACAGCACCGAGCACGGUGGCUUAAGGAAUUCAAAUGUGUCCACAGUAGAUUUAACCUUACAAGAUGCAACACCAGAGAAGCCAUCACCAUCAAAGACAAAUUUAACCCUGGGUCAAAGUGAUUUAGCAAAAACCGGCUUAAGACAGCAGACAAGUCCCUACUUUAAAAGGAAUGGUGACUUGGUGUGCAAAAAUGAAGAUGAGCUGAAGCAUCACACUGUGAAAGUCAUUCCUUUGGGAAGCCUGUCAUCUAAAUUGUCCAGAAGAUACAUAAAGACAAAAAGAUCAAUAGAUAAGAAUGAGGAAUUUGCCAAUCAGAGUCCAAAGAGUUCCUCAUCCACAGUGGUUAGGAACCUGGUUGAUAACUGUUCAGACACUGAGGACAAGGAUGAGAUUUUGGAGAACAGUUCUCAAAAGGAGAAUGCAUUUGCCUGCCGUUCUCCUAAGGAACGGAGUACUCCUGAGCAUCCUGUAGAAGGCAAUCAAAUAUUGGAAGCUGAAAGCCAGAAGUCUGCCCAGGAAUGUGGGAGAUCAGCCCUCACCCCUGCCUUCCCAGAUAAUGCUGUGGGAUUAUUUCCACCUGAUUUAACUUUGGGGAAUAAAUUAAAGUCUAAUUCAGAGGACAGUCUUACAAAGCAGGGGAGUAUCAGAAGAGAUGGUAAGGCUGUUGAAAAUUGUAAGGCCGGUAGUUGUGAAGAAGUGAAGAUGACUAUUGAUUCUGAAGCUAAAACACAGUUGGCCAGUUGGGAGGCAAAAUCCCCUAGCUCUCCGCAUGAUGCUUCGAAAUGGAGUAACGUCCAAGAACUUGCUCUGGAAGGUGACAGUGACUUAAAGGAUGAAAUCACUUGCAGGAUUCCUUUGGAGCAGAGGUUAAGCUAUGAUGUUCCUAGUAAAAUCCUACCACCACCGAGUCAUCCCUAUUACCUUCGGAGUUUCCUCGUGGUGCUGAGAGCUGUGUUUGAGAACGAAGAUGAUAGAAUGCUCUUUGAUGAACAUGAGAAGGGAAUUGUAACUACGUUUUAUCAGUUAUCAGCCAGUGGUCAGAAGUUAUAUGUGAGGCUUUUUCAACGUAAAUUCAACUGGAUUAAGAUGAAUAAAUUGGAAUAUGAAGAGAUUGCCCCUGACCUAACACCUGUGAUUGGAGAAUUGAAGCAAGCAGGCUUUCUGCAGACAGAAUCUGAGCUGCAGGAACUCUCUGACGUGCUUGAACUACUUUCUGCUCCUGAACUGAAAACUCUGGCAAAGACCUUCCACUUGGUGAAUCCCAAUGGACAGAAACAGCAACUGAUGGACAGCUUUCUCAAACUGGCUAAACAGCCUUCGGUCUGCACAUGGGGCAAGAAUCAGCCUGGAGUUGGUGCAGUGAUUUUAAAAAGAGCUAAAGACUUGGCAGGACAGUCACUGAGAAUCUGUAAAGGCCCCCGGGCUGUGUUCUCCCGGAUCCUGCUGCUGUUUUCAUUGACUGACUCACUGGAAGAUGAGGAAGCUGCCUGUGGUGGUCAGGGACAGCUUUCUACCGUGCUGUUGGUGAAUCUCGGCCGAAUGGAGUUUCCGAGGUACACUGUCAAUCGGAGAACCCAAAUCUUCCGAGACAGAGAAGAUCUCAUCAGAUACGCGGCCGCUGCACACAUGCUGAGUGACAUUUCCACUGCAAUGGCUAAUGGGAACUGGCAAGAAGCUAAAGAGCUGUCUCAAGGUGCAAAAAGGGAUUGGAACAAACUGAAAAGCCACCCUUCCCUAAGAUACCAUGAGAAUUUACCACUUUUUCUGCGGUGCUUUACUGUUGGGUGGAUUUAUACGAGAAUUUUGUCUCGGACAGUUGAAAUACUGCAGAGACUUCACAUGUAUGAGGAAGCAGUCAAGGAACUUGAAAACCUUUUGUCCCAGAAGGUAUAUUGCCUGGACAGUAGAGGCCGAUGGUGGGACAGACUGGCUCUCAACCUGCACCAGCACUUAAAGCGCCUUGAACCGGCUAUUAAGUGCAUCGCAGAAGGGAUGGCGGAUCCAGAAGUAAGAACAGGACAUCGUCUUUCACUUUAUCAGAGAGCCAUGCGCCUGAGAGAGUCUCCAAGCUGUCGAAAGUACAGGCACCUCUUUCAUCAGCUCCCAGAAAUAGCUGUGGAAGACGUUAACCAUGUGACCAUCACGGGCCGGCUGUGCCCCCAGCGUGGGAUGGGCAAGUCUGUGUUUGUGCUGGAGGCCGGGGGAGCCGCCACCCCCACCACAGUCCUGUGCUCCGUGGAGGAGGUGGCACUGGCCCAUUACAGACGCAGUGGCUUCGACCAGGGCAUUCCCACUGGACUUGUGUACAGACAGCUUCUUUGCAAGCAGGGGGCCAGCCAUCGAGGCCAGGCUGCAGCUGAUCCACAGUGCCCCUGCGGAGAGCCUGCGAGCCUGGGUGGCGGCUGCGUGGCAGGCCCAGGAAGGGCGAGUGGCUUCCAUUGUCAGCUGGGAUCGCUUUGCUUCUCUCCAGCAAGCUCAGGAUCUUGUUUCCUGCUUGGGGGGCCCUGUCCUCAGUGGUGUGUGCAGGCGCCUGGCUGUGGACUUCCGGCACUGUCGAGGGGGCCUCCCCGACCUGGUGGUGUGGAACUCCCAGAAUCAUCACUUUAAGCUGGUAGAAGUUAAAGGCCCCAAUGAUCGUCUUUCACAUAAGCAAAUGAUCUGGUUGGAUGAACUGCGGAAGUUGGGGGCUGAAGUAGAAGUCUGCCAUGUGGUUGCAGUUGGAGCUAAGAGCAAAGGCCUUAACUAAGAGCUGUGGAACUGAGAGUAUCAGGUUAUACAUGGAUGUAAGACUUUCAAAAGCAUAAAGCACUAUUAUGUUUAAUUUUAUGUCAGUAAUAAACCUGGCAGCUUAAUGA